AACAUGGAGAAUGUGUUCAACACCAGCACCAGUUUUAUCCUCCUUGGCAUUGAGGAGAUGGAACAUUAUAAAUAUCUGUACUGUGGCUUUGCGCUUGUCACCUACCUACUCAUAUUGUUGUUUAGCUCCCUGAUCAUCUCUGUGGUUCUGCUGGAAGAAAGACUCCAUGAGCCCAUGUACACUCUCAUAGCCAACCUCAUGCUAAAUGGGAUAUUUGGGGCUUCGUGUUGUCUCCCAAAGUUAAUACUGGACUUGUUCUUAUCAUCCAAAGUGAUCUCAAGAGCCGCCUGUUUCAUUCAGUCCUUCUCUGUGACCCUUUUCGCCUUCUGUGAGAUCUCCACAUUCACCAUCAUGGCGUACGACACCUAUUUAGCCGUGUGCCACCCAUUACGCUAUCCCACCCUGAUGACCAAUAAAACUGCUCUGAAACUUAUUGCAGGAUUUCUGAUCUUCAAUACUUUAUUGAUAUUGACUGGUUUGGUUCUUUCUGCCAGGCUCCCCCUGUGCGGGUCUCACAUUAAUAACUUCUUCUGUGAUAACAUGUCCAUCAUUGUCCUGUCCUGCAUCGACAACUAUAUCAACAGGUUAAGCGGCACAAUUAGGUUUUUAAUUUAUUUCAUUUUCAUGAUGCUCAUCAUAGCCUAUUCCUACAUGCGAAUACUCCUGGUCUGUGUUAGAAUCUCUGGAAACGCAAGUAAGAAAGCCAUUCACACGCUGGUGACCCAUUUUCUAAAUUUUUCCAUUUUCCUGACAGGAACCCUCUUUAUAUUUUUCCGAUACAGACUAGAAAGCAUUAACCUUCCUCUUAUUUUUCACAUUCAGCUCUCCAUAAUUGGCUUGGCUAUUCCUCCUCUUCUCAACCCCCUUAUAUACGGAAUAAGGAUAAAAAUGAUCAAAAUGAAAGUGAUUUACCACCUAAACAAGCUAUAG